AUGGCCGCAGGUACAGAUAAACCGAUCCUGCCCUCAAAGGCUGGGGCCAACACUGCGUCUGGAACCAACGCAUCCAUUCGUCUAGAAAAGGGUAAACCUGGUGUCAGACGCUCCACACCAGAUUCCGAAGCUCUUACAUCUUCCGAUGACGAGUUCGAACAUCUUCACCAAGUAACGACGGCUCAUACUGCGCCCAUAGCAAAGCCAGCUCGUCGCACAUCUUGGCUCAACGAGGUUCCCCAAAACCUACCCCGAAAGGCUUCGUUGACGACAGCAGGUUCUCUUGCGUCUCCCGGGAUCCCUUCCUCGUCAGCUGCUGACCAGCCGGGUUGGGCUGCCGCUACUAGCCCUAGCCUGAACAGUUCCAUGUCCUGGGGUCAUGGAGGAAGCUUCCCUUGGGCUACUGGCAUCUGGACAUCCGAGACAAGAAAAGAACCACCACCGAGAUUGACUGAAUUGAGCCAGUCGCCGACAAUGCCUAGUAUGGCAGUCACGAGUUCCGGCGCCGAUGAAAUACUCAGUCCUACCGCACGGUCCAUGACUGGCGAAUCUUCCAUUCCGUUUACUAUCCCUCUUCACCCCACUCCAAAAACCUACCGAUCACAGUCUUACUCCGUUGGCCAACUUGAUCCAGAGACAAUGAAUAUGAUGUCAACCGCCACUACCAAUCAGCUCGGCGGAGUGCGUGGCCGUCCUGGAAACCAGGUUGGAGGACUUCAGCACCGAACUUCGCGGCCUAGUAUGCUGGAAGACCUUGGUCAUGACCCUGCACUCUUGGGUCGCGUGCGGGAAGAUGACGCUGAUGAUGAAGAGAAUGCAAAUGAACUGAACGAAACCCAAUCGUACACUUCUAACCAAGCACGAACGAUUGAGCAAUUAACAAGAGAGAAUGCUCUCUUGCGACAAGCCGCCCGUUUCGACGGAGCUCGCCUGAGAGACCGUGCUGUUUCAUCCGCAUCCAUUAACAGUAACUACUCUCUUCAGAAUGGCUUGCACAGUUUGCAUCGUAUCCAAGGCAGCGUACCAGAAGAGUCUGAUCUUGCCGUGGAGGACUUGGAUGAGCUCGGUGUUAUUCCUGGGUACGGUGGCCUUCGAAACAGUGGCCGUCGAAGAUUAUCCGAACAUUCAGCCAACCUUGAACGACAGCUCGCUGCCUUCGGCUCGGUCGAGAAUAGACCUUUAGAAAAUCUCAAGCGAGCCCACUGGCAGACUUCACUUGGAUUUGGCAGUAUUGGAGAGCUAUCCCAGAGCAGGCGCCAUUCGUUUGCAGAUAUCCCUACUAGACAUGGAUCAGUUGGGUCAAUCGGUGAGAACCCUUCGCAAAUGGGUUCUCUGGGAGGUCUCCACGAUCAUGAAGACGAUUUCGCUAGUGCUCUUGAAGGGGCACUUUCAACACCGACAGCUGAACAUCCUUCAUAUUAUUCUUCUCGUGACCCCCUUCGUGGUGAAAUGUCUCCAUCUCUACAUCAAGCGUACAAUGUACCUCCGGCGUAUGGUCGACCUCAUUCAGGACUAGCACAGCCUCACCAGAACCAGCGACUGUAUAUCGUGACAUUCAAAUGCCACCGUGCAGAUGUUUUUUAUAUACAAGAAGACACUGGACUCCAAGUCAACCCGGGUAACCUGGUGAUUGUUGAAGCAGACCGUGGGACAGAUCUCGGAACUAUUCAGCAUGCCAAUGUAACCUGGCAAGAGGCGAGGGAGCUAAAAGAAAAGUUUGCAGAAGAGCACUACAAAUGCUUGAUGAUGUUCUCUCGUCAAAACCAGGGUGGAGCAUCCCAUGUAGUCAAUUCAAGCUUGGGAGGGCGCAGCGCUGUGGGUGGUAUGAGUCCAACUGGUACCCAUGGAGCUCAUGAGCCUCAAUCGACAGAGAUCAAACCCAAGUUGAUCAAGCGGCUUGCACAGAAUCACGAGAUUUUGACUCUUCGUGACAAAGAAGGAAAUGAAGCGAAAGCCAAGCGCGUGUGCCAGCAAAAAGUCGUUGAACAUAGGCUUAACAUGGAGAUCCUUGACGCCGAAUUCCAAAUGGACUGGAAAAAGUUGACAUUCUACUAUUUUGCCGACUCCUAUAUCAAUUUCAAUUCCCUGGUUACAGACCUCUUCAAAAUCUACAAAACUCGGAUCUGGAUGUCUGCAAUCAACCCAGCUUCCUUUGUCACACCAACCGCUGGGCUUCAACUUCCGGGUGUCGGGCCUGUUGGAUACACUCCAGAGCCCUCGGCUGAUCGUCGGCAUCCUCCCGAAAGUCGAAACUACGGUAUUUCGCCUUUAUCCCAAACACCCCCGAAUCUUCGUGAGGCUCUGGAGCGAGGUGAUUUUGCCGGUGGAAAUGCCGCUCUUCGCAAUACUUAUAUCGACCAAUACCAAGGGUUGGGCUCAGGUGCUCGGCAACACGACACGGCCUUUGGUCCCGGUAGUCCAUCGCAUGAUCCGUUUUCGUCGAUUCCGUCAAAUGGUUAUGGUUUCCUGGAUUCAACAGGUUCGGACUACAUUCGGGCAGCCUCUAACCAGCGGGUCGAACACCCUCAAGCAGACUGGGUUGGAGGAUUCCAGGGAUUGUCACUUAAUUCCUGA